CUGUCAGUAGUGAGAGGAGGGGUUCAUCUCAGACCUCCUGACCACCACUACAGCGUGUCUCUCUCUCACUCUUUCAUUCUGUGUGUGUGUGUGUUUGUGUGUCUCUUCUCCUGCACACCAACGUGGACUUGUGAGUCCUUCCCUCACCGGCACCCAUUACAUCUCAGCAAAGGUCUGGGCUGUGACCCUCUGCUACAGUCAUGGCACCCAAAAAGAACAAGGCCGCUAAAAAGAACAAAGCAGACAUCAAUGAGAUGACAAUCAUGGUGGAAGACAGUCCAGUCAAUAAAAUCAAUGGGCUCAACACCCUCCUGGAAGGUGGCAAUGGCUUUAACUGCAUCUCAACAGAGGUCAAUGACCCAGUCUAUGCCCCUAACCUGUUGGAGGGCCUUAGCAACAUGAGACAAGACAGCUUCCUGUGUGAUCUGACCAUAUCAACCAAGUCCAAGUCGUUUGAUGUGCACAAAGUCGUGAUGGCGUCUUGUAGCGAGCACAUCCAUAACAUUCUCAAGAAGGAUCCGUCCCUUCAAAAGAUCGACCUCAAUGAGCUCUCCCCAGUUGGUUUGGCCACGGCGAUCACAUAUGCCUACUCCGGAAAACUGACCUUGUCACUCUACACCAUUGGCAGCACAAUUUCAGCAGCCAUGCUGUUGCAGAUUCACACCCUGGUCAAGAUGUGCAGCGACUUCCUAAUGCAGGAGAUCAGCGUCGAAAACUGUAUGUAUGUAGUCAACAUCGCCGAUACAUACCACCUGAAAGAAACCAAGGAGGCAGCCCAGAAGUUCAUGCGUGAGAAUUUUAUCGAGUUCUCAGAGAUGGAACAAUUCCUGAAGCUCACCUAUGAGCAGAUCAGCGACUUCUUGACAGAUGACUCCUUGCAGCUGCCGUCUGAGCUCACAGCCUUUCAAAUUGCCAUCAAGUGGCUGGACUUCGACGAGAAGAGACUGAAGUACGCGCCCGACCUGUUGACGCACAUUCGCUUUGGCACCAUAACACCUCAGGAUCUGGUCAGCUAUGUGCAGACGGUUCCAAGGAUGAUGCAAGACCCAGAGUGUCACCGUCUCCUGGUGGACGCCAUGAAUUACCACUUGCUGCCAUACCAACAAAACAUCCUGCAGUCUAGAAGAACCAAGGUCCGUGGUGGACAAAAAGUGCUGCUUACUGUGGGUGGACGACCUGCCUUGACUGAAAAGUCCCUCAGCAGGGACAUUCUCUACAUGGAUGAGGACAACAUUUGGAACAGGCUGACUGAGAUGCCUGCAAAGAGCUUUAAUCAGUGUGUCGCUGUUCUGGAUGGCUUCCUCUACGUAGCUGGUGGUGAAGACCAGAAUGAUGCUAGGAACCAAGCAAAACAUGCUGUCAGCAAUUUCUGCAGAUAUGAUCCUCGAUUCAACACAUGGAUCCAUCUGGCUAGCAUGAUUCAAAAGCGUACACAUUUCAGCAUCAACACAUUUAAUGGUCUCCUGUUUGCUGUUGGUGGACGUAACUCUGAUGGCUGCCAGGCUUCUGUCGAGUGCUAUGUCCCGUCUUCUAACCAGUGGCAACUGAAAGCCCCAAUGGAGGUCCCAAGAUGCUGUCAUGCUAGCACAGUCAUUGAUGGCAAAAUCUUGGUAACUGGAGGUUACAUCAAUAAUGCUUAUUCCAGGGCUGUUUGUUCCUACGACCCAUCAACAGAUAGUUGGCAGGAUAAAAACAGCCUGAGCACUCCAAGAGGCUGGCACUGUUCCACCACUGUUGGUGAUCGGGCUUAUGUUCUUGGUGGUAGCCAGCUUGGAGGGCGUGGGGAGAGGGUUGAUGUCUUGCCAGUUGAAUGUUUCAACCCUCAUUCAGGCCAGUGGAGCUACGUUGCCCCUUUGCACACAGGAGUGAGCACAGCAGGCGUGGCCACACUGAAUAGUAAAAUUUACCUCCUGGGUGGAUGGAACGAGGUGGAGAAGAAGUACAAGAAAUGCAUUCAGGUAUUCAACCCCGACCUCAAUGAAUGGACUGAGGACGAUGAGCUGCCUGAGGCUACAGUAGGCAUCUCAUGCUGUGUUCUUACCGUCCCCACCCGUAAAACACGCGAGUCCAGGGCCAGCUCAGUAUCGUCUGCUCCGGUCAGUAUAUAGGAGAGAGGAUAGGGGAACAUAGCUAAACUGAUAAUGCAUAAUAUAUUUGAAGCUUUUCCUCACAACUGUGAAAUACGUCUCACACUCAGGCCCAGCAUACACAUUUAUAGUAAUAAAAUUAUUAAAAAACAUAACAUUUAUCAUUUCUUACAAAAACUGAUCAUUAAAAUUUUAUAUUAGCUUUUAAUUUUAGUAAGCGAGCAUAAAAGAAAGCCAUUUUGAUGAUUUUACAACGUCAAAGAACAUGUUAUUCAAUGAUUUCUUUUCAAUUUGAAGCGAAUGUGAAACCUUGGUUUAAUGUGCUGAAUUUUUGGAUGAAUUAGGUUGAUAUACAAUUAAGUUUUCUUUAAGAUUUUGGUUUUACGGUGAAAAAAACAAGAUAUCUAGUCGUUAAUUCGCUCAACAAUCGCAUUUUGAAACGGGGCCAAGGCUUAUAACGAUUUCAUCAGCCCUUUUGCAAUAACCUUUGAGGUUAGACCAUAGAAUGGCGGUACAUCAGGAAGUAUGUGGAUCGCGAUCCGAAGUCAGAACAGUAUGAUAUUUAUGUACCGAGUUCCAGUAAAGCCAAUUACAGAUAAUUAUCUGAAAGCGAAAAUUAUUCUUUCUUAAUUAUGAUUUACUAUUAAAUAAAUACAGCUCUGUGUGAGGCCAUAAGCUAAUCAUAUUAUAUGUUAAAUACGUAAAGGUGGUAAAAACUGACCUUUUUAACGUCGCUAGUCCUGACCUGCCCGGAGUAGGUGUUAUAGUGUGAAGCAGUUUACUUCAUCCAUCCGACACUUAAAAUAUUAAAAUAAUCACCUGCAGAAGAAGCGUUGGAAAAGUCCAUGUGGAAGUUGAAAAGGCUCAACAGGGAUGGUGUGUUUUGUGAAAUUGAUUUUAAGCGGUUAAUGGAAUCGAAGCUACGUGCCUGAGCUGAUUACCCAGAGUUCUGAUUAUUCCUACCAGCAGCUCAUGUUCUAAAAUAUCCGUCGGUUCUUGGAAACUGAACAAUGUGACAAACUUCACAACAACGUCAUUGUGUUUUUAAAAUGUGACUGAUUUGAGAAGAGAAACGUUUGUAUUUAUGCUGAUUCAUUGUACAUGCACCAAGUUCUGCGUAUUUAUUAAAGGUUCCUAUAAAAUCCC